UGGUGUACGACUUAGGUCUAGAAGUUUAUAUAUAAGAUAAUGAAUUCAAGCGUUCAAACAAUGGAUUGUAUAAAUAUUCAAAAUACCAGCAAUCAUAAUUUUUGGUCGGUUAUCAAUUGCCAUUGUUAAAAUGGUCGUGGUGAGUAAAGCGUUGUUUGAUGAAAAAUUGCCCAGGCACAUUUCAUGUGCUAUGGUGCACCAUUAUGAACCGAAUUGUUGGACAGCUAAUUCAGAAAUGAUGAAAAUUCUCUUGAUUGGUGUUACGAAGUUUGUUUUUCCUUGCACAUUGGUGAAACUAGCAAUUAAUUACAAAAAGCUAAGUAAGAAAUACUUAAAGGAAAUUGCUAUAUCUCAUUUAAGAACAACAGCGUAUGGAUGCUCCCUUGGAAUGUUGACAAUUUCCAGCAUUUGCUGCUUAUAUAGAAUAACAGGUCCCCUGAAUUACUACACCCUUUGCUUUGUACCAGGAGUAAUAGCUGGAUUGUCUUUGUUGGUAGAGGCAGAGGAUGGUAAAGUGUUCAAUUGCAUUGCAUUUGUAAAUUUGGUUAUUGAGGCAGUAUUCAAUAACAUCAACCACUUUAGGUUGGUCAAUAUGACCAAACUGAAGCAAACGGGCCUUUUUAUGGUUUGUAGUUCUCUGCUGAUGUAUCUUUUGCAGAAUAGAAAGGAUAAAAUUGACUUUAGCCACUUUUGGUUUUAUGUACCACCAAAAAAUCAAGGCCAAACAGAUGAAAGAAAAUGUUACCACGAAAAUGAUUGUACGACAUAUUUGAAAGAGGGUAUUUUAAACUAUGCAAUGUUGGGUUUUGCAGUAAAUUUUGUUAAAGGUUUAAUACCUAGAAUGGGAGAAAUUGUAAAAAAUCCAAUUAAACUAUUUUACUGGAUUUUUAAUCCCUCCAAUUUCAGAUUUGGUAUUUUUAUGAGCGCUUUUGUUACUACUUAUAGAUAUAUUUCUUGCUAUUUAAGAAAAAGAGACAACGAACAAACUUUAAUUCAUUCAGCAAUUGCAGGCUUAAUAUCAGGAGUAACGUUUAUUAUUGAACCUAAUUUACAAAUACUCAUAAUAGCAAUAACUACCAUUUUACAGGUAAUAUACCAGCGAUUGAAGAAACUUAUAAAAUUAGAGAGUACUAUACCGAUGCAUAUACUUUUCGCUUUAUGUAAUGGAUUGCUAUACCUGAACAGAAUAUUUUGCCUCCCAACAUGCCCUAGUUUUUAUAAAAAUAUGUUGUCCAUUGCCAGUGCUAACAAAGUCGACCUUAUAUUUGGACGUCUUGUGGAUCAAUACAUAUUACAAUUAAUAUAAAUGUCAACAAUUUAUUCAAUACUUUAAAUUAAAUUAAAUAUCUUUU